AUGAGCCUGCUCGUCGUUCUUCUAUUCCUACCAUUUUUGUCAUUCAAUUCAGAAUGUCGAAUAUUGCGAAUCGAUAAAGGAAAAAUCGAAGGUGCCGAGAGGGUAUUCGAAGGCAAUCGAUAUUAUCUAUUCAAGAGAAUCCCAUUCGCUGCACCACCGCUCGGCAAAUUGAGAUUCCAGAAAGCGGCAGAUGUGAAAAACUGGAAAAAUGUGUGGAAUUCGACCGAAUAUGGUCCGGCUUGUAUGUCAAACUCAUCGGUGACGAAAAGCCCCCAAAAAUGGGUCGACGAGGAUUGCCUUCAUACGAAUGUGUUCACCUCACAAGCGUGUUUGACGAAGAAGAACUGCCCGGUCGCAUUCUACAUUCAUGGCGGCGGAAUGAAUUAUGAUUCGGCGGUGAUGUUCAAUGACACAAUGCUUCUCAAAACGUUUGUAUCCAAGGACAUUGUUCUUGUGAUCAGCGCAUUCCGUUUGGGAAUCUUCUCCCAUUUCAUUGUUAAUGAUCAAUCGGUGGCACCACACAAUAUUGGAGUAUUUGAUAUUUUAAAGGGUCUUCAUUUUGUCCAUGACAAUAUCAAACAUUUCGGUGGGGAUCCCAACCGUGUUACCCUAUUUGGCCACUCAUUUGGCGCUUCGGUGGCUGGAUUAAUGGGAUUCAGUCCAGCAGUGGAUCCGCAAAACAAAUUGUUCCAUCAGAUAGUGUGCAUGUCGCCUGCCAUCUCAUUCUACCCACUUCGGACAGCUAUUCAGAACACCUACGAGUUCGCCAAGCAGAUAAAUUGUUCACCUCCAAAAAAAUUGAGCCAAAAGAGCGGAGAGCAGUUCAUGUUGGAAUGUCUCCAAUCAAAGGAUCAAAUGGAAUUGCUACAAAUGCAACACAAGUUGGAUGACAGUGGAGCAGCUAAGUUCCUCGGAUUGAUUCAAACUCUACCAUUGUUUGAAGGAAAUAUUGCGUAUGAGGCAUUCAAAAAACCAAAGAAAUUGGCAUUGCUUACUGGAACCACUCGACAAGAAUUCGAGCGAUCACUCCAUCAAUUGCCGGUUGGCAAUCUCAUUGAUUUCAAAAAUCAGGUUGAGGUUGAUUCGAAGUAUCGCAAAGAUCUCAAAAAUGGAAAUACCAAGUUUAAUUAUACUGAUGACACCUUGGAGGUCAUGAUUACCUCGAGGGUUAUCGCUAACAAAUUUAGUGAGCCUGGAUCAAAGGCUUUUAUGUAUCAAUAUCUUUACCCAAAGCAUAAUCAUCACACCGAUGAUCUCGCUUUUAUCAUGGGAGUUCAUGCAUUCGAGCAGGAUGAAAACGAGCAAGUGCUCGCCGAGCUCUAUCCGAAAUAUUUCACAAAUUUCGUCAAAUAUGGCAAUCCCGAUAAAGAUUGGAAACCGACGAAUCAAUUGACGAGGAAUUACUUUGCGAUCGACUGGAAUUCAACAUCGGGUCUUAGACCACAUAUGGAAGAUUAUUAUGAGAAGGAGGUUUCGAAAUACUGGCUGGAUGAUAUGAAGGUGUAUGAUAAGUACAUAACCGCAAAGAAGGUUGAGAAUCGAAUCAACAUUUUCGAAAUUCACAAAAAAAUUCAGAAAGUCAGCGUGCGAUCUCUCGAAACAUAUCAUCAAACUUCGAAUUUCUAUAAUUAUUGGAUAUUAGUUGGCCUCAUUUUCGUUUUGGGAAUCAUUGUCGGAAGAUACACGUGUAGAUCAAAACGCAAUGUCUACAUUCGAUUGAACGGCUAUGAUUAUCAGGAAGUUGUGAAGCCGUUUUGA